AUGGCCAACCCUGCAGGCGCAACGCCUUCGCUUGCCUUGCAGCGGCGAUUCAAGGGAUGCAGCAAAAUCGGCGACUACGAAAUGAUGAAGAAACUCGGAGAGGGUACUUUUGGUGAAGUCCACAUGGCGCGACAAAAGGCUACCGGCAGCAUCUUUGCGCUGAAGAAGAUUUUGAUGCACAACGAGAAGGACGGCUUCCCUAUCACAGCGCUGCGAGAAAUCAAGCUGCUGAAGAUGUUGUCGCACGAAAAUGUCCUAAAGUUGGAAGAGAUGGCUGUGGAGCGCCCAAAAGCCGAGGGCAGGAAACGCGCCAUCUUGUACAUGGUCACGCCCUACAUGGAUCACGAUCUUUCAGGUCUCCUCGACAACCCCGAAGUCCGGUUUCAAGAAGCGCAGAUCAAGUGCUACAUGCUGCAGCUGUUCAAGGGCCUGCGAUACCUCCACGAUAACCACAUCUUACAUCGAGAUAUGAAGGCCGCCAACCUUCUCAUCAACAACCGUGGACGGCUACAAAUAGCAGAUUUUGGUCUUGCGCGACACUACGACGAAGCGGUACCACAGCGAGGCAGGGGUAACGGCGAAGCCAAGCGCGAGUACACUACACUGGUCGUAACUAGAUGGUAUCGACCCCCAGAGCUUCUUCUGCAGCUCAGGAAGUACACGCCUGCUAUCGACAUGUGGGGUGCAGGCUGCGUCUUUGGCGAGAUGUUCAAACGCAAGCCCAUCCUGGCAGGCCAAAGUGACAUCCACCAAGCGCAGAUCAUCUUCGAGCUCGUCGGCUCGCCAAACGACACAAGCAUGCCCGGCUGGCACGAACUCCCCGGCGCCGACCCCAUCCGCUCCUUCGCGCCCAGCACCGGCAACAUCGCCCAGCGCUUCCGCGAACUCUCCCCCAUCGGCCUCUCGCUCAUAAAAGACCUCAUGCGCCUCGACUGGCGGAAACGAAUCAACGCCAUCGACGCCAUCGACCACCCCUACUUCCGCGAGCAACCACUCCCUAUGCGCGAGGAAGACAUCCCCCAUUUCGCCGACUCCCACGAACUAGACCGGCGCAACGCCCGAGGACAAAAACAAGCACUGCCUCCCGCACCCCAAGGUGGCACCGUAGGCGGUGGACCAAAUGGCGAGUGGGUAGGCCAGGGUCCACCACCCCAAUCCUGGCAGCAGAACGGCGACAGAAGAUACAACGGGGGUCCCCAAGACCGAGGUCCACCAGGCGUCGAUAACAGAGGCCAAAGAGGAGGCUAUGACCGCCGAAACUAUGAACAUCGUCCUCCUCCACCUCCACCAGGUGACCGCAGGCCAAACUGGGGUAACAGCGCGGAAAGAGGACAUAACGGACUUCCCGCUCCCCCCGCUGAUGGCAGACACCCCUUACCACCCGUCCCCCGGUACGGACCCGAUGGCGCAGAUCGCAGAAGAGGACCACCCCCGACUGCCGGCGGCGACACUUAUAUCCCUAGUUAUGGUGCCGAGGGACCCCGUCGCUCCCGCGAACCUGACGAGAGGAACACAAGACGUGGCAGCCGUGACUCGGGGAACUCGAGAGAAGGCGGAGGACAUACAGCGGAUGACCGCUCAGAUCGUAAUCGCGCGUAUAGGGAUCGUCCUGAUAGGAAUGACAACAGGGGCUUUGCAAGGGAGAGGAGAGAUGGACGGACGAGGAGUAGAAGUCCGGAUCGUCGGGACCAAGGCAGGAGGGAUAAUAGGGAUAAUAGGGACAGGGACGCGGAUAUUUACCGUAGAAGAUAG